AUAAAGAUGGCCGCGCCCUUGGGAUUAAUUUCUGUGCGGCUGAGCGCUGCAAAUUUCACCCGUAAACGUCGUCUAAAAGGAUCAGGGUUAUUAAAAUUAGCUAAAGAUGCAGCAAGCGAUACAUAUUCAACGGAAAAAGUUACCGCACAUAGCAAACCAAGUCAAGAAAUAGCGUGUUUGCCUGUUAUUGUUGAAUUCCGCCGUCUCCUUGAGAGCGUCAAGAGCAACGGCAUUGAUGUUGUGCCCGGUGUUUCCAAUGUUGAGCUUCUCCAUACAGUAGUAGGUCUCUACGACACCUGUCUCCCAGACAUCACACCUCUGGUCCUCUAUGCAACAGUGACUGGAAAAUUGGCCAAAACAUUAAUACUUAUCAGAAGUACCAAAGAUGUUGCUAAGGAACUACAGCAGAAGAUUCUACAAAGGGAAAGAGAAGUAGAGACCACUACCGCAGCCAAAGAAACAGUACCAGAGAACAAUAAUUCCAACACGAACAACAAGGACUCUACCCUCAGCCCUGGCACUCAAUCUAAGGAAAUAGACUCUGAUGAUGGAGAGGUGCCAAACAGUGUUGAUGGAUCCAAAGAAAGUCCUCUUUUGAGACUACUUGGAGGCGAUGGUGGGGGAGAAGCAACUGAUGUGAAAGGGAAUGAUAAAGACGUUGAUGAUGAGGAUGGAAGGCGAAAGGGUGAUGAUGAAGAUACAGUUGCUAAGGAUGAUACAGGUGAAGUUGCUAAGGAGGAUGCAGAGGAUGUGUUGGAGGAGGAAGAGCAGCGGAAAGUGUUUGCCGAUGUCUUCAGUGAUUCGGAUAGUGAAGAGGAAGAAAGUGAAGAUGAAGAGGAAGAAAUGGACUUUUCAAAAGGCAUCAAUGAAUUCUUGAGAUUGGUGAAACAGAGGAAGGAAAGAAGAGAGGAGUUGAGUUUAAACCCAACCCUGGAAGAAGUAGAAUCAACGGUCGGGAUUGAGUCAAGGAUCGUGGCUUGUGCUACUUGGGAAAAGUCUCAUAUUCGUCCUGGGGAGAAGAUAGUACAGAUAGACUUGAUGGGAGUGAGAAAGAGAUGCAGAAGGUGUGGCAUUGGAAGAUAUUUAUUAAGGCAAAUGAAAGAUGUGAGCAUUGUUGGACAUUACGAUUCCUUGGUGGUUUAUGCAGAUCAUUCUGCGGUGGAUUUCUUCGCUCUUCAUGGCUUCAACGAUGACAUUGUCCUCAACAGUAAAUACUCUGACUUGGCUGAUAACUGGACAAACUGCACACUCAUGUGCUACAUACCUCCAUUCGUUGGACAAACAAUCUUGAAGGAGACAGACAUGAGCCUGGACCUGAAAGAGAUCGAGAUGGAGCUCCAGAAGUGGACAGAGAGGAGCAGAGACGCGUACCAAGGUCAGGUUGCUUGCAUCAUGAAGUUAAGACAUGAGGUCAUUGCCCUUCGUGCUCUGGUGAGUUCACAGAAGGGUCUGAUAAGCUCUUUGACAGAGGAGCUUGAAAAUACACAAACAGACAAGUUAAUGCUAGAGAAAAGCUUUCUGGAGCACAGGAUAGCAGCCAUUAAAUCAGGAUACUACCAGAGGCACUCUAUUGAUGAGCCAACAUCACCAAACGGAAACAGUAAAGAAUCCAAGACAAAGAAUCAUUGCACGAUGGGUACUGAUGGAGACGAUGAGGCUGAUGAUGAGGAUGAGGAUCAUCUGCAUCAUGACGGGGAUGACGAUGAGGAAGAGGAGGAGGAGGAGGAGGAUGAUGAGGAAGAGGAGAUUGAUACAGAGACUCUCAUCAAAGCACUGGAGGCUGAAGCGAGGAGCCUGAAAGGAAGAAGACAGAGUUUUGAUAUCGGAGGGCUGGUUGAGGAACGUGAGAUUGCCGAGCGCUUUGAAUCCGAGAUGAUCGACAAUCCUCGACCAGGAGCGAGAUGUCAUGUGACCAAAGUAACCAUGACUAGCCUGUCAUCCACGAUGAGAGAACUGUAUCAGCUCCGCUUAAAACAGUUGGGGGAUCCCUCCAUCUUCACAGAGCUCUACUUCUGCGGAAGCCUUCACCAUCCGGAACGCAUCAACAAGAUCAUGAGCAAGGGGUUUUCAGACGAAGAUUUGACGUAUGGAGAGUUUGGAGUAGGGCUGUAUUUCUCAAGCCACCCAGGAACUGCAGCUCACUUUUCAGCAUUAGGUAAAAUGAUUCUGGUUGAAGCCGGGCUUGGCAGAACUGAAUCUGUGAUCAAGAAAGAUAAAUUCCGACUCACCGCUCCGGUUGGAUUUGACUCCAUAGUGACACCAGGGAGACUUUCAGCUAUGAGCCCUAGUAGUGGAGAUGGUGCACAUGAUUUGGCCACACCAAGCAAAUGCAACGAGUAUGUGAUCUUUGAUCACCUUCAGGUGAUACCUAUAUGCUUGAUCGAGUACACCACGACCCAGACCAGUGUGAAAAGUGUUCGGUUGUGAUGACAUCCUACCUCUCUGAAAUCGUCAUUUUCUCCUUAACCCAUUCCAUAGAAGUAUAGUCAUUGGAUGGUUCAAUUAUAAAACCUACUGGACUGACAAAAUUAUGUAGUCAAUUAAUUGGAGUAGUAUCUGUAAUGCAGUGAGCUCAUAAGUUCCAUGGCUUACAUGUAUGUGAUGCUUUUUUAUAAUUUCUCCCAUUAGCCAACAGGGACAGCCCAACUAUUAUAAAUCUAUGCCUUUUUUUAUCAGAUAAACUCAUAAAAUAUGGAAAUCUCAAAGUGGCAAAUUUUGUUACCUUUCUGUUAGGGCAAGUAUCAAAUUCCACUCUCUGUGUAUUUAACACAAAAUGACUCAAACUAUCAUCCAAAGGGUCUAAUUAACCCCAGGGAAGACUCCCCAUGGAGUGGAGUGCGUGCAUUAUCAUAUGCGGAAUAGCGAUUGAAUCCAUUGACCACGGUAAUAAUAGUUACAAUAAAAAGCACUUAUAAAUGUAGUAUUAAAGCACUAUACAAAUGUGACUAAUAUUAAUUCUGUGUUGAAGUGCAUAAGUUGAUAACUUUCUGGCUCCAAACAGAAAAUAUGUUACUAUCAAAGACAUAAUAUGAAAUUUGCAAGACUUCUGAACCCUAUUUGUAAAAAGAAUGUGGCUUUUCCAAAGUUGACCUAAAGUUACUGAACCAAAUUAUUCAUACCCUUACCAAAUUUUGUAUUUUUUUCAGGGUGCGUGAAAAAUUGAUUUGUCUUGAUUUAUGUUUUAUGAGAAUGUGACAUAUUAAAGCUUACGUUUAACCAGUUCACCUAUCAUUCUUGAGUAAGGAAAGCACACAAAAUAUCAAAUUUACAAGAGGUAUGAAUAAUUCAGUUGUUAACCGUACAUUCUUCCCAACAUGCUUAUGAUUGCCAUUUGUGUAUGAGUUUUGUACUGCAAAAUUGCAUGUUACAUUUAUACAUGCUUAAUAAGAUUAAAUGUUGCCAGAUUUUGCCACUCUGAGAAGAAUGGGGAAGUCUUGAGGCUUGAGGCUUAUGCGUACUAAAUUACAAGCUCAAUGGAGGAUUUAAUCUGGUUUUCCAUAAUACUGAAGGGAUUCCAAACAUUCUUGCAAACAUUUAGAGUGUUUCCUUUAGAUGAAUAUUGUAUGUUUAAAAGAGAUUGAUAUCACUACAGAGAAAGGGCUUGAAUACUGGAAUGCAUUAUGCUGUCUCAAUAUAAUAUCGGAUGUUUGACCAGAAAAGAUCAUAAUAAGUUAUUCAACCUUUUCUAAAUACACAUGUAUAAAGUUUAACCUAUUCUUCAUUUAGAUUGCUUUAAAGUUUGAACAAAAACUUUGAAGCCAUUUCUGAGGUUGUCAUUUUGAAUAAUAAUGUUGAUGAUGCCAAUUCCUUUUUGUAAUUUUACCAUAUAUAUUCUCCAAAGCUUUGUUUGAUAUUUGCAGAUGUAUGAAAUUGUUUUUCCCCUCAUGUUGCAAUUUAAUUUACUCUGACUUAUGUAGGUGUUUAUUUGGAGGCAUGUGUGUGUGUGUGUUUUGUGCCUGUGUGGGUGUGUGUUAUUAAACUAAAGGAAUGCAGUUUUGUAAACGUGUGUGUGGGUUUGAGUAUUGUGCAUUUAUCCAUAGCUCUAUUAUGAUACUGAAAUUGGGCUUCAUUGUGUGGGUGUGGGUGUGUAUUUAUGUGCCUUAUUACACUAUGCUGCAGUUUUGUAACCUUGUUUGGGUGUAUCAAUGUGCAUUGCUAUAGUACAUGACUAUUCUUCUGUUACCCCAUGUGUGGGUGUGUGAGUGUGUGUGUUUAUGUGCCUCAUUACACUACAAUACAGUUUGUAUAACCUAGUGUGGGUCUGAGCAUUGUCCGUAAAUUGCGUCUUCCUCCGUACAGUCUAAAAAUGAGGAUUCCUUGUGUGGGUGUAUCAAUGUACGUUGCUAUACUACAGGACUGUAUUUUGGUAACCAUGCGUGGGUGUGUGUGUGUGUGUUUAUGUGCCUUAUUACACUACACUGCAGUUUUGUAAUCUUGUGUUGUGUAUUAAUAUGCAUUGCUAUACUACAGGACUGUGCUUAUGUACACCUAAGUGUGGGUGUGUGUUUGUGUGUGUGUGUGUG